AUGUGUGCGAUUACAAAAAUAGCUCUUGUUAUGUGCGUUGCUGCAACAGCGCACAGCUUCAACUUAGGACCAACCCAAAUUGUGUUCCAUUUGUUCACGAGACAAAACCCUACGCAAAGUCAACCGCUGCUUCCUUCCCAGGCAUCGCUUUUAGCUUCAGGGUUCCAGUACGAUCGCCCUACUGUCCUCACAAUCCACAGCCAUGGCCCAGGCGUUGCUGGAAAUUUUAAUGCUCAUGUUGUUUCUGCUUAUCUCGCCGUGCAAGACAUUAACGUGCUCGCCGUUGACUGGAGCCCUGGUUCUUCUACCUACACUACAGGACUCGCCAGCAUUCCCCAAGUUGGCCGUGUUGUCGCCCAGUUUGUAAAUCUACUAAGUAAUGACUUCGGCUACAAUACCGCUAAUAUUCACAUCGUUGGUGUUGGUCUUGGAGGCCAUGCUGCAGGUAUCGCUGCCCGGAUGAUAAAUGGAAACGUACCUCGCAUUAUUGCUCUCGAUCCAUCUCUUCCUGGCUGGACCCAUCAUCCUGACAAGCUAACCAAAAACGACGCAGACCUUGUAGAAGUCAUUCACACCACAGCCGGUCUAUAUGGUUAUGACUAUCCUUUGGGCGACAUAGACUUUUACCCCAACGGUGGUGCUUGGCAGGUCGGUUGUGUCGACGUUUCCUGCUCUCACACCUACGCCUUCGUCUUUUAUGCUGAGUCUCUACGUGCUGACAUUCCUAAUGCAAACGCACCUAGAUUCGUUGGUACUGCUUGUGAAUCUUAUGAAGAAGCUAUUGAGUUGAUUUGUACGGGAGCACGCGAUGUUGUGUUUGGAGGAACUGCCGCAAAGACAGGCGUAAGCGGCAUCUAUACGUUCGAGACUAACAUAACACCCCCAUUUGCCAGGAACUAA